UACAUGUAUAUGUUGUACAUGUAAAAGUAAAACUGAUGAUGUGAAUCCCAUGCCAAUCGUUUCAUUAAUUUCUUAACGAAGUGGGAGAAAAUAAACUCAUAAAGUAUAUGAGUACCGUCGUUUAUGGCAUCGAGGCUAAUAGUUAUCUAUAAAUCGGUCGGCAUUCUAUCCAGAGUUCGGAAAAUUUGGACAGGUUUUGGAGGCACAUCUGGUGAAUUAAUAAAACAGUGGAAGCUGAACGUGUUGAAACAUCGAAUCCAAGUUCCUGAACUGCAGAAUUUCAAUUUGUACCCAACUUUACGGAAGCCUUUGACCGUGCCAAACCGUUUGGUCCAUACUAGUAUGGCUUCCGGCAGAAGACCCGAGCAUAAGGCUCCUCCAGAGAUGUUUUACAAUGAAGAAGAAGCGAGAAAGUACACAUCAAACUCCAGAAUGAUAGAGAUUCAGAUGACAAUGUCAGAACGAGCUGUCGAACUCCUCAAUCUCCCAGAAGACACACCUUCAUACAUUUUGGAUGUAGGAUGUGGAUCAGGCCUGAGUGGUGAAACUCUGACAGAGCAGGGACAUUAUUGGGUAGGCCUGGACAUCAGCACAAACAUGCUAGAUAUUGCUUUGGAGAGAGAAGUGGAGGGCGAUCUGUUUGUGAGUGACAUGGGCGAGGGCGUGUUCUUCAAACCAGGAACAUUUGAUGGUGUUAUUAGCAUUUCAGCUCUUCAAUGGUUGUGUAAUGCAGAUAAGAAAUCCCACCAUCCUCCCAAGAGGUUAUACAAGUUCUUCUGUACCUUGUAUAGUGCAUUGAGGCGGGGUAGCCGUGCCGUCUUCCAGUUCUACCCUGAGAACUCGCAGCAGUUGGAGCUGAUUACAUCCCAAGCCAUGAAAGCUGGCUUCACUGGUGGUGUAGUGGUGGACUAUCCAAACAGCACAAGAGCAAAGAAGAUGUUUCUUUGCCUUUUUGCUGGACUAGCAAAUCCACAAAUUCCCAAGGGCCUUGGCACCGGGUCAGGGGACAGGGGAAUCCCCACGGAGGUGAAAUACAGUGACAGCAGGCAGCGCUUCAAGCAGCUGAAAGGAAAACCUCCCAAGAAAAGUAAAGACUGGAUCAAGGAGAAAAAGGAGAGGAGAAGACGGCAAGGAAAAGGGGAUGUAAGACCAGACUCCAAAUAUACUGGCAGACGGAGGCAGGGUAAAUUCUGAAGGGUGUCAGAUAAGAGCAACAAUACAGAACUCACUGACAGAGAUACAUAUAGUUUGAAAUCACAGGCCCCUGACCAACGACAAACAUCAAGCUGAUGGAUUUAUUUUCUUUAAAUGUAAAGACCUAAUAAUCUGGAAAUUUGGAGCAUUUCAAACCAAGCAGUUUAUUGGAGAUUGAUUGAGAGUCCCCUAAUGUGUUGAGCAGUAUUCAGGGAGUCUAAUGUCUCAGUGGCUGAUUGGGGGGGGGGGGGG